AUGUCGCUACUAAUGCUAGUUAUGGUGUAAUAAUCGAAAAAUUCAAAAAAAAUAUUUCCUAAUUUAAACGAUAAGACAAUAAGUAUAAAAAUAAGAAUGAUAUUUGGAGAUAAUUCUUAAUUCUGGGUAUAAUAUAUGCUGCAAAAGAGGUUAAAUGAGUCAACUGAAUAAUAAGCUAUAAAAUAACUCCAAUCAAGAAUAACGACUUACUAUUCUUAGUGA